ACCUAAUUGGAAAGAUGAGUAAUGAAAACCACUCCGUGGUGACUGAAUUUAUCUUCAUGGGUAUCACUCAGGACCCUCAACUGCAGAUCAUUUUCUUUGUGGUCUUCCUUUUGGUCUACCUGGUCAACGUAGUGGGCAAUGUUGGUAUGAUCAUCCUGAUCAUCACAGAACCCCAACUUCACACGCCCAUGUAUUUUUUCCUCUGCAACCUCUCCUUUGUUGACCUGGGCUACUCUUCAGCCAUCGCCCCCAGGAUGUUGGCUGACUUCCUCACCAAGCACAAAGUCAUCUCCUUCUCCAGCUGUGCCACUCAGUUUGCCUUCUUUGUAGGCUUUGUAGAUGCAGAGUGCUAUGUCCUGGCAGCCAUGGCCUAUGACCGUUUUGUGGCCAUCUGUCGACCCCUCCACUACAGCACUCUCAUGUCCAAGCGUGUCUGUGUGGCUCUCAUGGUGGGCUCCUACCUGGCUGGUCUGGUGAGUUUAGUAGCUCACACUUCUCUCACCUUCAGUUUGAGUUACUGUGGUUCCAAUGUCAUCAAUCAUUUCUUCUGCGAAAUCCCUCCACUCUUGGCCCUCUCUUGCUCAGACACCUACAUCAGUGAGAUCUUGCUCUUUAGUCUAUGUGGCUUCAUUGAAUUCAGCACCAUCCUCAUCAUCUUCAUCUCCUACGCCUUCAUUCUCAUUGCAAUCAUCAGAAUGCGCUCAGCUGAAGGUCGCCUUAAGGCUUUCUCCACCUGUGGGUCCCACCUCACUGGAGUCACACUUUUUUAUGGCACCGUCAUGUUUAUGUAUCUGAGACCAACCUCCAGCUACUCUUUGGACCAAGACAAGUGGGCCUCUGUGUUUUAUACUAUCAUUAUCCCCAUGCUGAAUCCCUUAAUCUAUAGUUUACGGAAUAAGGAUGUCAAAGGUGCUUUCAAAAAACUAAUUGGAAUAAAACCUCAAUAAGAAUAAUAUUGAAAAUCUACUAAUCGACUAGUAAGUGGUAGUGAUAGAAAUAUGGUGUUAAGCCAUAUAAAGA